CUUUUCUAACGGAAUUUUUUACAGACCAAAACAAAAGUUUUUAUUUUGUUUUAAUUAAGUUUACGCUCAUUCCUUAUAUGUUAUUAUUAAACUAAGUAUAUAAAAUCAUAUCUAGGCAUGGUUCGAACACAAUCGAAAGCAGCAAAUGCAAGGAAUCUCUUACAAGAAUCCAGUGAUAGUGAAGAAAGUGAGUCUGAAUCAUCCCGAUCGACACGAAAAGCUACUCGUCAACCGCCACAGAAACAGCAAAAUCAGAGCACAAGAUCACGAAAACAAAGUCAGCCACAAAAUCGAAAACAACAAAAAAGUAAAGACGAUGUUCAGCCACCACGCAGACCGCAAGCUAGUGCUACAACUUCACGCGAAACUCCAUUACUUAGAGAAAUUCGGAUCCUCCAACAAAAACCAGAAAAUAAUAUAAUUCCUAAAGCUCCUUUUGGACGGUUAUUAAAAGAGAUUCUUCAGUCUCACGGUGAUUUUCGUAUUUCACUGGAAGCAUUUGAGUGUAUAAAGGAAGCGCUUGAAGCAUAUUUAGUUGAACUUUUUGAAGAUUCCUAUAGACUAGCUUUGCAUCGUAAACGAGUGACAUUAGUACCUGCUGACAUGUCGCUGGUCCUUUAUCUUCGAGGAAAUAGAGAUCCAGGCUAUUCAAAUCGUAAUUAAGCAUCAUAUUUUUGUAGUUAUGAUUAAAGUGAGCC